AUGCAAGCAGACGAAUCUUCGAGCAAUGAUGAUCGUAUAGCCGGGUUAGAAUCUCAAAUUCUCAAUUCUCAAGAAAUCAUUGCUCGUCUCAAUCGGGAAUUAGAUAGUGCAUUACUACGAAUUACUACACUUGAAAGUGUCUGUUCGGAUAACCAAACUGAUCUUCACGAAAAGCGUUCGCGGAUUCAACAAUUGACUGAUGAACUUAUUGAACAAGAGGAAGUUAACGAACGUUUAAGAGACGAUAUCCGAAGCAAAGAAUCUCAGAUAGACUUUAAUCGAGAAUUACAUGAAUUAGUUAUCAAUGAACUUGAUAGUUACAAUGAAGAAUCUCCUGAACUUCUUCUUGAACAAUACCGAAAUCACCAACGGUCGAAAUUUCACCAGCUUCUCCAAGAAAGUUUAACCACGGAUGAUAUCUCGAGUCUGAUCGAUUCUGAUGACAUUCUCUUUGAAUUAUUAACACGCUUGAAUAGUUUCUCGCGGCUGAAAGAAACACUUUCACGUGAUAGUCAACAACUUCAACACAUUCGAACAUUAUUACAUGUAACUCCCGAUCAUACCGACGACAUUAUCCAAGAUCUAUUAACGAAAAAAGAAUGUCUUGAACACUUACGUAUGAAAACGGAUAAGAAUCACGAAAUGACGGACAUGGAUCUGAUCAAACAUGUUCUACAUAGUUAUUUCAAUUACCAACAACAAGAAUCAGAUCUGAAAGACAUCACCGAGCGAUACAAUGAAGCGAUGAAUAUGAAUGCAGAACUGUUACAACAGGAAAAACAAAUCGAUGAACUGAUUUCAACGUUCGAUCAACAAUCGAAUCCUCUUCUUGGAUCUCCAUUGGAUCGUCUUCGAAUGAUACUUCAAGCGAAUCGUGACCAUCAACAAACACUAUCGAUCAUAUCCAUGAAUGAAAAACUAUCUGAUCUGAAGGAAAACUUGAUAAAUCUUUUGAAAAUAGAUGAACAGAAUGAAACAAAUCAAAUCGAUCGAAUCUCGUGGCAUAUCCAAGCAUUGAUUGACUUUCGAGAAAAUCUCUCAAAGAAAUUAUCCGUGUCUAACGAUCCAGAAUCGAUUUUACAACGUAUUAAUGAUUAUCAAAGAAUUCUAACUGUACUCAAUUCAAAUGAAAACUCCUGGACAGAUGAUACAACCGAGCAACUACUAGUGAAACUACAGACUAUGAACGAUUCAACCAAUCGUAUGGAUGAUCUCCAGAAACAGCGUGAUGAAGCUGUGGAUAAUGAAACACAAUUACAGGCAGAUAUUGAAGAGAUUGCUGAUGAAUUUUCAGCGAAAACCCAUGACGAUCGAAAAUCGAAUUUAACACGUAUUCAUCAAACAUUGCAGUCGCUGAAUAAUUUUCGUCAAGAACUUUUUGAUCGAACACAAACGAAAACCGACCACGAUUUUCUUCAAUUACUUUCCCAAUAUCAACAAAACCAAGAUAAUCAAAUAGAAAUCGAGAAAAAUCAUCUUGACGAUUUGAACGAAAAGUACCAAUCAAUGAUUGCCAAAGAAGAGAUUCUCGAGCAAAGCAUCGAGCGAUUAACGACUAGACUUGGUUUAUUCGUCGAUAACGGGGAUAAUCCAGAUUUACCAGCUAAAAUUGAUCAAGUUUAUCAAAUCAUUGAUAAAUUCUGUUUGGAUUGUUGUGAAUUGACGUCAAUGGAUAUGACACAAGUAGGCUUUAUCGAAAUGUCGAAACACAUUCGAGUUAUUGCUCAAGAACAUAACCAAAUAAAACAAUUGAUUCAUGAAGCAGGAUUUCAUCAAUCAACAGAUGAUUUCAAUGUAAUUUCACAAUUUCAAAUCUAUAUCAGCAAAACUCAGCACUUAUGCAAAUUGAUUUGUAAUGAUGAUGUUAGUAUAGAUCAAGCCAUUGCUCAAUGUCAACAUGAUAAAACUCUCAUCGAAAAGUUGUCGGAUUUCAAGCAACAACUGCUGCAUCGAUUGUCUCCUGACGAUGAAGAACAUGUCGUUGAGCGUCUCAAUGAAUUGUAUCAAGCAAACACUGAUUUGAAAAACAAAUUACAGCAUGUCAAUGAUUCAGCCAGCACGAUGAAGAAGGCUAUCGGUGAACAUGAAGAAACACUGGAGAAACUCCGAGAUCAACGCGAACGAAUGCUGACUAAAAUGAAAGAAAUAAAAACCAAUAACGAAUCCUUAACUGACCAAUUGAAACAAGCGAAUGAAUCACUUUCCGAACGAUAUCGAAUGGAAAUCGAUUAUAAAAAUCAAAUCGAACAACUCGAACAGCAACUGCGUAGUGUCAAUAAUCAACUACAAACGACCUUAGACGAAUGCCGAACACAACAAGAUCUACAGGAUGCUAUGAAAUUGGAAAUAACAUCGAUACAACAAGAAAACGAUACUCAACGGAAAUUAUACGAAUCACGUUGUCGACAGAUCAUCAAUGAGAAAAAUCAAUUAGACAAAACCAGAAAAGAAUUACUAGAACAGAAACAAUCACUUGAAGAUGAAAAUAAACACCUACAGACAAUUCUACAAACCAUUCAAAAUACACUUGAAAAUGUCGAUGACAUAAAUUCAAUCGUCGAUGCCAUUUUACAACUUCGACAAGAACAUCUGUCAUUAACUACUGAACUGAACCGCAAACACGAAGAAAUCAAUCGAGAUAAUGAAAAGUUAGUAUUGAAUAUGCAACAGCAACAACAUCUGUUAGAUGAAUGCAAUCGAUCGAAGAGUGAAUUCGAAAAGCGCUUACUCGAUGACGAACAGCAGUUGAGAAAUUUACAACGAGAACUGAAAAAUAAAAUUGAACAGUAUGAACAAUUACAAAACGAAUACCAAACUUAUAGAGAAGAAAACUCUGUAAAGAAAGCCAUUGACGUACCCCUGACGAAAUCACCUGAAGUAAUUCUCGAUAUCGAACAACCUUCGCUACAAGUCUUUCCAGUUCAACAAAAAGUGGAAUCGAAUAACUGGAUGACGAUUAAUAUACAUGAUGAGGAACCUUCGUUAACUACAAUGAAUAAACAUUCUUCGAUUAGUACGUCAGCAGCAUUAUUAAACAUGUUCGGCGAAUUAAAAAGUAAACUUGGAAUCACUUUAACACAUCGUCCUCGGUCGUCGUCCAUAAACAUGCCGCUCGUCUUUCGUGAAGUCACUGGCGAUCUGUUCUCAGUUGCAUCUAAUGUUUCGCUCGCACAUUGUGUUUCGCAGGACAUGAGCAUGUCUAAAGGCAUCGCCACAUUGUUUCGAAACAAAUUCGGGAAAAUCAAUGAGCUGAAAAGUCAAAAUACAUCGAUUGGCGGUUGUGCGUAUAUCACAGCUGCCAAUCGUCAUGUGUUCUAUUUAGUAACGAAAGAAAGAUAUUUUUAUAAACCAACCAUGUCAUCGCUAGAAUCAAGUCUUCGCGCAAUGAGAGAUCUAUGUAUUAAGAAUGAUAUUCAUCAAUUAGCAAUGCCUCGUAUCGGUUGCGGAUUGGAUAAACUCAAUUGGGAUCAAGUAUCUCGGCUGAUUCAACGUGUAUUUGAAGAAGAUGAUAUUGAGAUUACUAUUUAUUCUAUUUGA